AUGGGUGCCCUAGAUUCGAGGCAGUCUUCAUGGGGCAAAGACGGGAUUGGUGUUUGGCCGCAGCUGGUGUACGGAUCCAAGCGGACUUUAGGUGAUGGCCCAUGGGGAAGCGCGCAUACCCCAUUGGUGGAUGCCCAACACGACCGCUUCGAUGUUUUAGGCCUGAUGAGUAUCGCACUCGCAGGAUCCAUAAUCUCAAUGCAACGGGGCAAGCUCAGGCUGGUGCUUUUUCCCCAUAGGGUUUGUGUACCACAGGCAAGUCCUCCCAGUCCACCCCAUCUGAUAGCUCACACCGCAUUUCAGACGCCGAACUGUAGCCAGAACGCUGUGGGCUACUUGGCCAAUGUAGCGCUUCCAUCCACUGAAAGCGUACUUUGGCCAUUUAACUUGUUUAUGGAGGGUAACAGGUCUCCCGUUUCGACUUUACGUCAAGCGCAGUCGCGACAAUUCAGUCACAGAAGCGCAUGCCACCCAAUACGUCCCGACAACACCUGUGCUCCUAAUGGGAACGUCGGUACACCCCUGGUACUCAUGACGCGCGUCGAGGAACGCCUCUGGAGAGAGGCCUCUGGAGAGAGAGCGGACUGCACACUAGCUCAACGAGCCGUCGGAUGCCUAGCUGAGCACCUUUACGGACCCUAUGGCUGGAUGGCUGGCACAAGUCCGCCAGCUGGGCUCCUUCUGGGUCGGCUGUCUGUGGAUUAUGUGCACGCCCUCCCCGGUGCGGGGUCCCUUCGGAAGAGUUCCAUGGACAGUAUUAUUGCAUUCUGCCCCUUGGUGCCGAUCUGCAAGUGCAGGAGGUUGCAAAGUACCACAGUGUACAUUUGA